AUGUCCAGCCCUCCACCGAGUUCUUCCCACCCGCCGCCGCCGCACUCCGACGUCCCCGCCGUUCUCUCCCCGGCGGAGAUCACCGCAGCCCUCCGCGAUCUCGCCACCGCGGUCCAGGAGAUCCACCUCUACUUAGCUGGCCCCUACGGGCCGCCGCCGGCCGCGCCACCAGCCGCCACCACCGGGCCACUGCUCCUGCCGUGGCAGCCGCCGCAUCUGGCGGUCUCCGCCGCGGUCGCCGCCACCACCCCGCCCAGGUUGGCGUGGCCGUCCCAGCCCCUCACGGGCCCCGUUGCGGUCGUGGCCUCGCUGCAGCAGCCAACGUUGUUGCUGUUGUCGCCGCCACCCGACGUUGGGCUGCUGCAGUCCCCGCUGCCGCUGUCAACUGAUGACCCACAAGUAUAG